UUGGAUAUUGGCGUGUCAUUGGAAUGACGAUGAAGCUUUUCGAGAAGGGGCUGAUCUGGCAGUGGGCCAGCACGCCGACGCACGCGGCGCCUCGCGAGUCGCGGGGCUACGCCAACUGGAUGCUCAUCAAUGAAGCGAAAGGCGAGAUCGUAGCCGUCGGGUCGGGCGACACGCCAGCCUUUAUCAGGACCAAGGCGGCCACGACCGUCGACUUGGGCGGAAAGCUCGUGCUUCCGGGUCUCCAAGACUCGCACAUUCAUGUGUACCUCAUCGGCGAGGUCGCUCACUACGUCGACCUGCGCGGAACGACUUCGUUUGACGAGCUGCGCGAUCGCGUCCAAGCGCAUGCGGCCAAGCAUCCCGACAUUGAGUGGAUCGUCGGGUUUGGCUGGGAGCAAGACAAGCUGUCGGCCGACGCGCGGUACCCAUCGCGCGUUGACCUGGACGCGAUCGUGCCGGGCCGCCCCAUGUACCUCUGGCGCGCCUGCUGGCACAUUGCCGUCGUCAACACCAAGGCGCUCGAGGUCGCGGGUGUCCAGGGGGAGGCGAUCGAUGCGGCGUGGACCUCGAUUCCAGGUGGCGUCGUCGACAUGGAUGCGAAUGGCAAGCCCACGGGCGUCCUCCGCGAAGCGGCCGUGUCGCUUGUCCAAAAGUUCAUUCAAGAGCAGUCCGACGAGCUGCGUAAAAAGUACCUCUUGCGCGGUCUCCAGACCUGCCUCGAGUUUGGUUUGACAAGUGUCCACACCAACGACCACAACGCGUGGUAUUUGUACCAAGAGCUGCAAGCGUCCGGCCGUGUCCCGAUACGCGUGUAUGUGACGCCCGACCAGAACGAGAUUGGCCAAACGAACAUUCCUUUGCCCAAGACUCGUGACGGCCUCUUGAGCUGCGAUCGCGUCAAGAUCUUCUCGGACGGCUCGCUUGGCGCCGAAACAGCGGCGCUGCGGGAGCCGUACCGCAACACGUGUAACCUCGGUGUGCUCAUGGAGUCGGACGCCUCGAUGCUACACAAGAUCCAGGUCGCGCAUGCGGCCGGGUACCGCCUCGAGAUCCACGCGAUCGGAGACCGUGCGGCGGCGCAGGUGCUGCAUGCGAUGGACAGCGCCGGUUUGACGCCAGCCGACCGUCCGAUUUUGACGCACUGUCAGAUUCUCGGGCCGGAUUUGCUUGAUGCAAUGGCGCGCCUCGGUGUCAUUGCCGACAUCCAACCGUCGUUUGUCAUUACCGACGCAUCGUUUGCCGAGAAGCGGUUGCCGCCAGCCUGCGUGCCGUACUCGUACUGCUGGAAGCGCAUGAUGGACCAUGGCAUCGUCUGCGCCGGCGGUAGCGACGCGCCGAUCGAGACGAGCAACCCGUUCCAGGGCUUAUACGACGCCAUGCACCGCGCCGCGCCGGGCACGACCAAUUUUUUGGACAAUUCUGAUCAAAAACUCCCAUUUGCGGCCGCGCUCCAGCUCUAUACGCUCAACGGUGCGUUUGCCGCCAACGCAGAGACGCGGCUGGGCCACCUCGAUGUCGGCUUUUUCGCAGACUUUGUCGUGCUUAACCACAACGUCGCGAGCGAUGCGGACAAACUGCUCGCACCCGAUGUCCUUCACAGCGUCUACGUGCACGGGAUCAAGCGCCACGAACGCGACGGCAACGCCCCUCCCACUUUGCCACCCGCGCCGGGGCUGCCGGGGCGCAACGGUAAGAUCCGCCUCUGCCGCUGCUGCCGGUAAGCUGUCAAGCGGUGGUCAAGUGACGAGAACCGGAAUUCAUAAAAAUGAGCAAUCACUUUGAAGCAACAUAGCCUCA